CUCUCCGAGACGGUCUAUCGAAAAGGCCGAGAUGAGCUUAUGUGGGUGAUUUUGCAAUAUGUAGCCGUAUACAUAGCACGAAUAACAAAAGAAGAAAUGGUACGAAUUGCCGAAAUUUAUAACUUACUCUACAGUGAUGAGCAGACUUGGUCAGGCGCCGACACGGAUCAGCUACUGUUUGUUCGCUUUCUGGUGCCAGCCGCGAUUUGGAUCCAUUUCUAUAAGAAGUUAGGCAACUCUCAUGCCGAAGUGCUCCCAAAACCGUCCGAAUCGUUGUGCCGACAAAUCCAGUUCUUGCAAGAAAAAACAGCAGAUUUGGAUCCGAACAUGCAAAAUGUUGCCGACCAUCAUGCCGUACUUGCGGCUGUUGCAAAUGCUUUUACCAAUGAUAUGCCAAAUUUCCAAAAACUUGUGCUGAACGCGGUCGAGCUGUUUCUGGAUGGACCACCAGAGGAGAUGAAUACCACGGUUUGGCAUCUUCCGCACGGAAUUAUUUCACAUUCACGGAAGACGGCGUUACCGCUCUCAUUGAUCGAUUUGCUGACAUUCCACGCCCGAAAUCAUCUCUUCCAACUGUGCUUGCUAAAACUCAGCGCAAUGCUUUCG